GGCUCGGCCUGGGCCUCGUGCUCCUGCCUCGGCGGCGAAGGCGAGCGGAGGCCGCUGCUUCGUUCCUCCCGCCUCGUUCGCCCUCCUGAGGCGAAGGGAGCCGCGAGAGAGGAGGGGCCCGGAGGACGCGGAGACCGAGAUAUUGUAGAGCGUUCCUGAGCAUGAAUUCAGCAUGAAGCGGCGCUUGGAUGAACAGGAGUCGCCUGUCUAUGCGUCGCAGCAGAGGCGCAUCGCCAGCAACACGGAGCCCUUCCAACACCAGCACCGGGUCCUCGCUCCAGCGCCGCCCGUCUAUGAGUCCGUCUCGGAGACCAUGCAGUCGGCCACGGGGAUCCAGUACUCGGUCACCCCGAGCUACCAGGUAUCCGCCGUGACGCAGAGCUCCAGCAGCCACGGCCCCGCUCUGGCCGCAGUCCACAGUGGGCACCACCACCCCACGCCGGUCCAGCCCCACGGGAGCCAAGUGGUGCAGAGCCACGCUCACCCAACGCCCCCAGCGGCCCCAGUCCAGGGGCAACAGCAGUUCCAGAGGCUCAAGGUGGAAGAUGCCCUCUCUUACCUUGACCAAGUGAAGUUGCAGUUUGGUAGCCAGCCUCAAGUUUACAACGACUUCUUGGACAUAAUGAAGGAGUUCAAAUCUCAAAGCAUCGACACUCCGGGGGUGAUCAGCCGCGUCUCCCAGCUCUUCAAGGGCCACCCCGACCUGAUCAUGGGCUUCAACACUUUUCUUCCCCCCGGCUACAAAAUCGAAGUGCAGACAAACGACAUGGUGAACGUGACCACGCCGGGGCAGGUCCACCAGAUCCCGGCCCACGGCCUGCAGCCCCAGCCGGCCCCGCAGCCGGCCCAUCCGUCUCAGCCCACGGCACAGUCUGUCCCGACCCCAGCGCAGCCGGCACCCCAGCCGCCUCCGGCCAAGAUCAGCAAGCCUUCCCAGCUGCAGGCGCAUACGCCGAACAGUCAACAGACCCCUCCGAUCCCUUACGCGUCCCCACGCUCCCCACCCGUGCAGCCGCACACGCCGGUGGCCAUCUCCCUCGGAACCACGCCGUCCCUCCAGAACAACCAGCCGGUGGAGUUCAACCACGCCAUCAACUACGUCAACAAGAUCAAGAACCGCUUCCAGGGGCAGCCAGAUAUCUACAAGGCCUUCUUGGAGAUCCUUCACACCUAUCAGAAAGAGCAGCGAAAUGCCAAGGAGGCAGGCGGCAACUACACGCCGGCCUUGACCGAGCAGGAGGUCUACGCCCAAGUGGCCCGCCUCUUCAAGAACCAGGAAGACCUGCUCUCUGAAUUCGGACAGUUCCUGCCCGAUGCAAACAGCUCCGUGCUCCUGAGCAAGACGACUGCAGAGAAAGUGGAGUCAGUCAGGAACGACCACGGGGGCACUGUGAAAAAGCCGCAGCUGAACAGCAAGCAGCAGAGACCGAACCAGAACGGCUGCCAGAUCCGGCGACAUGCCACGGCCGGGACCACUCCUCCGGUGAAGAAGAAACCAAAGCUCCUUAAUUUGAAGGACCCAUCGGUGGUAGAAGCCGGUAAACAUGGGACAGAGUCUCUCUUUUUUGACAAGGUCCGGAAGGCCCUGCGCAGCACAGAAGCCUAUGAGAAUUUCCUCCGUUGCCUGGUCAUUUUCAAUCAGGAGGUGAUCUCCCGGGCCGAACUUGUUCAGCUAGUAUCUCCAUUUUUGGGGAAAUUCCCAGAGCUGUUCACUUGGUUUAAGAACUUCCUGGGCUACAAAGAGUCUUCCCACUUGGAGUCGUUUCCUAAGGAGCGGGCCACGGAAGGCAUCGCGAUGGAGAUCGACUACGCUUCCUGCAAGAGGCUGGGCUCCAGCUACCGGGCCUUGCCCAAGAGUUACCAGCAGCCCAAAUGCACGGGCCGGACUCCGCUGUGUAAGGAGGUGCUCAAUGACACUUGGGUUUCCUUUCCAUCCUGGUCCGAAGACUCGACGUUUGUGAGCUCCAAGAAGACCCAGUACGAAGAGCAUAUUUACCGCUGUGAAGAUGAACGGUUUGAGCUGGACGUUGUCUUGGAGACCAACCUGGCCACCAUCCGGGUCCUGGAGACGAUACAGAAGAAGCUCUCCCGCUUAUCGGCAGAGGAGCAAGCCAAGUUCCGGCUGGACAACACCUUAGGGGGCUCCUCGGAGGUCAUCCACCGCAAGGCCUUGCAGAGGAUAUAUGCCGACAAGGCGGCCGACAUCAUCGACGGCCUCCGGAAGAACCCCGCCAUUGCCGUCCCCAUUGUGCUGAAGAGGUUAAAAAUGAAAGAAGAAGAGUGGAGAGAAGCCCAGAGAGGGUUCAACAAAGUCUGGCGGGAACAGAACGAGAAGUACUACCUGAAGUCCCUCGACCACCAAGGCAUCAACUUCAAGCAGAACGACACCAAGGUCCUGAGAUCCAAAAGCCUUCUCAGCGAGAUUGAGACCAUUUACGACGAGAGGCAGGAGCAGACUUCCGAGGACAACGGCGGCCCGCACCUUUCGCUGGCCUAUGAAGACAAGCAGAUCCUGGACGACGCGGCCUCGCUCAUCAUCCACCACGUCAAGCGCCAGACCGGCAUCCAGAAAGAGGACAAGUACAAGAUCAAGCAGAUCAUGUACCACUUCAUCCCGGACCUGCUCUUUGCUCAGCGGGGGGAGCUCUCCGACGUGGAGGAGGAGGAAGAGGAGGAGAUGGACGUGGAGGAGGGCGGCGGGGGGUCGGGCCCCGUGAAGAAGCACAACGGGGUGGGCGGGAGCAGCCCCCCCAAGGCCAAGCUGCUCUUCGGCAACACGGCGGCCCAGAAGCUGCGCAACCUGGACGAGGCCUACAACCUCUUCUACGUCAACAACAACUGGUACAUCUUCCUGCGCCUGCACCAGAUCCUGUGCCUGCGCCUGCUCCGGAUCUACACCCAGGCCGAGCGGCAGAUCGAGGAGGAGAGCCGGGAGAGGGAGUGGGAGCGGGAAGUGCUGGGCCUCAAGCGAGACAAGGGCGACAGCCCCGCCAUCCAGCUGCGCCUCAAGGACCCCAGGUCCUUCUUGUCUUUCCCGUUUCUAGUGGACAUCGACGUGGAAGACUAUUACCCGGCGUUCUUAGACAUGGUGCGGAACCUGCUGGACGGCAACAUGGACUCUUCCCAGUAUGAGGAUUCCCUCCGGGAGAUGUUUACCAUUCAUGCCUACAUUGCCUUUACCAUGGACAAACUGAUCCAGAGCAUCGUCAGACAGCUCCAGCACAUCGUGAGCGACGAGAUCUGCGUCCAGGUGACGGAGCUCUACCUGUCGGAGAGCAAUUGCGGGGCCACCGGAGGCCUGCUCUCCUCCCAGGCGUCCCGGUCCCUCGCGGAGACGGCCUACCAGCGCAAAGCGGAGCAGCUCAUGCAGGACGAAAACUGCUUUAAGCUGAUGUUCAUUCAGAGCCGAGGCCACGUCCAGUUAACCAUUGAGCUGCUCGACACCGAAGAAGAAAACUCCGACGACCCUGUUGAAGCCGAGCGCUGGACCGACUAUGUGGAUCGGUACGUCAACUCCGAUUCGACCUCUCCUGAACUGCGGGAGCAGCUGGCCCAGAAGCCUGUUUUUUUGCCAAGGGGCUCUCUGCUUUCCAGGAACCUGCGGCGGAUCCGCAAGUGCCAGCGCGGGCGGGAGCAGCAGCAGGAGAAGGACGGGAAGGAGGGCCCCGGCAAGAAGCCCCUGGAGAACGUGGAGAGCCUGGACAAGCUGGAGUGCAAGUUCAAGCUCAACUCCUACAAGAUGGUCUAUGUCAUCAAGUCGGAGGACUACAUGUACCGGAGGACCGCUCUGCUGCGCGCCCACCAGUCGCACGAACGGGUGAGCAAGCGUCUGCACCAGCGCUUCCAGGCCUGGGUCGACCGAUGGACCAAGGAGCACGUGACCCGCGAGAUGGCGGCCGAGACGAACAAGUGGCUGAUGGGCGAGGGCCUGGAGGGCCUGGUCCCUUGCACCACCACCUGCAACGCCGAGGACCUGCACUUUGUCAGCAUCAACAAGUACCGCGUCAAGUACGGCGCCACAAUAUUCAAGACUCCCUAAACAAACAGAAAACGAAACCCUCUGCCGGGGAGAACAACGCCAGAGCUGUGGGGGAUGUGUGUGUGUCUGUUGUGUGUGUGUUUGCGCACAUCGAGGGAGCGAGGCACCCGACUCCUCCUCCUCCGCAUAACUCCGUAGUUGAGGGAGACGCCGGCCCCGAGGAACCCCGAGGAACCCAGCUCAUGGCGCACGUUGUGGGUAGCGGUGCAGACAACCAGCCCUGCCUUGACACACCAGCAGCAUAUUCUCUGACGCCGAGGACUUUGAGAUCGUGGUGCAUUUGGAACCCUCCUCGUUCCCUCUUUCUGGGAGCGCUUUGAAACAGCCCGACGACAUCGAGAUUUGGUGCAUUUAAAAUCCUCUUCCUUCCCCACAAAAAGGAGAAGAAAAAAGUCCUAGAGCCAGAGUAUCUUUGGGAUCUUUAGUUCUGUUUUGCAACAAGAGUUUCUGAAAUCUUCCAUCCGUCUCGACUUCGGAAAAAUCCCAGCUCCUUUCUGAGUCCGGACGCGUCUCCGUCUCUCUCUUCCAGGUCUCUCCCGGUGACUUACGUAAACCACCUAAACUACGUAAACAACCUGUCCUUCCUUUAGUGCCAGUGGAAACUUAUUUUAUCCAUUUGGGUUUUCAUUUUUUAUUAUUAUUAUUGUUUUGGUACCUGCUUGUUUACUAGUCUCUUUUUAGUGCCACGCACCAGCUUUUCCGCACGGAAACACAUUCAGUUACGUCACAAAACACAAAAACGUGCAGUUCCCGUUCCAGGCAAACCUUGUCCUUUCACAACAAAUUUCAACUGUUUUAUUUCUCUUCCCUCGGCCACUUCCUCUCUUUAUUUUUUUUUGUAAAUAAAUGUACAUAUUUGUCAAUGUUUUUUUUUCUAUUAAAGACAGAAAAAAGGUAUGCUUGAUGUGCUAGGAGAUCUAGCUUCAUAGUCGUACCCAGUUUGGCUUCAGGGUUUAGGGCGAGGAGCGGCAGCAGCGGCGUGGCAUUUUAUUACACUUUCUACUACCAAAGGGAGUUGUUAUCAUUGUAGUGCUUUGUGGGGAAAAAAAUAUUGUUUUCUUUUGUAAAAAAAAUUGAAACAAAAAAAUAAUAAUAAUACAUCUUGGUUCUUGACUCGAGGAGAUUCGCAAUGGGAAAGAUAGAAGCGCGCGGGAGUGUUUGUGUGAAUAAGAGAAAGUAUGUGGAAGUGCAUUAUGAUUUGUAAUGUCUUUUUUUAUUUCAAGCAGUUUGUUUGAUAUAUGAAUAUGUAUUAUAUAUACUUUACUUUAUUUCGUUUUUUUUUCCUUUUUUUAAAAGUGGGUAGCUUUCUACCCACGUCUUACUAGUCUUCCGGCUCGGAGAAUGCGCACUUUUGGGAAGUGCUGCCGAGCUGUCUGUUUUGGGGCCUCGUCCCGUUUUGUCGCUUGAUUAUGCGCGUUUCUUCUUCUCAGUGCGUCAAUACCAAACCAGUAUUCGGCAGAGAGAGCUGCUUUCGGGCGCGGAUGUUUCACAUUUGUGUGCGAAUGCGGCGAGGGAAAGCCGGGCCGUGGAAACGGAAAGAGAGACGGCGAUCUCUCCCCGUGCCGAAAAGCAGGGAUGUCUAUAUAUAUAUUUUUUAGAAAGCUCACCGCGUCGGAUGUGUAAAGACAGAUAAUCGGAGCCUCUUUUUCCAAGGCAAGAUAAUCGGUCGGGAGUCUUGUCUCCCUUUACGGAUUUUUCUUCUUUUUUUGUUGUGGAUACGAAAGUUGUCCUUCUCUGCGGAGACACAAAGUUAACAAGGAGGGUAGAUAUAAAAAUGUUUAAAAAUAAACAAAGUAUAGGAGAAAACAUUUACCAUAUUCAGUUGAAAGCCAGACCCAAAUACUUUUCAAACACUUUUAUCACUAUGAUAACUACCUAGAUUUCAGUGGGGACUAUGGUGAGAACUAGUAUUUGGGUCUGGCUUUCAACUGAAUAUGGUAAAUGUUUUCUCCUAUACUUUGUUUAUUUUUAAUUCCAAAACGUACUGAACUUUUUGGAUAACCCUCAUAUAUAUAUAUAUAUAUAUGGCGCUCGCUGGGUCAACCCGGACUCGCUAAUUUAAAUUCUCAGAAAUAGCAUCAACACGGUUGACGGGGAAAAAUAUCAGAAAGAGGAAACGGGAGGGAAACGUGAGAUGGGAAGUUCAGACAGUAUACCAGCAAUAAACUUAACGUAUUCCCAAGUUGUCGCCCUAUUGUUAACAAAACCGGGGCAUUAAUGACACGGCUGUUGUGUCCCUCGCUUCUCCUUCCGUCGACAUCCUCCUCUUGUGUGUCUUCAAAUACCGAUCUAUUUUCAAAGUCCAUAAACGCCAAGUUGGGAAAACACAACGGCAGCUUCGAUGCCUUUUCCCCAGGCAAAACAGGACAGGAAAACGGGGUGAAGGCAUUCGACUACUUUUCGUACCGGGUCGGGGUCCGGCUCUUUCUUUGGUCCCAGCAGGGUUUUGCAAUGUCUCUGCCUCUCCUCCUUCCCCGAAAUCCUGAUGUCUGACAUCGGAGCUCCAAGCUCCCACCCUGGCCUGUACAAAUAGCGGGAGGGGGGCAAAGAAAGGAAGCUUUUCCUGACUUUAAAACUGCUUUUUGUAUUCCUUGUAAUGUGCUUCUUUUUUCUUCCUUCCUUCCUUUCUUUUCCUUUUUUUGCCACCUAUUUCAUGUGAUGAUGAUUUCUUAUACAGAUGUUGUAAACUUUUGACUGUAGUGCAGUAUUUCCAUUAAAAUAUCAGGGCUA